UUUUUUCUCUCUGUGAGUUGUGUAAGAGUCCCGGGGGGUGGGGGGGGGGAGUGAGUGGGCUGGGAGGCAGGAACUGGCAAAACCUUGAAAGGCUUCUUUUCCUAUUCGUCAGCAAGAAGCGGCGUGUGUUUUACAGCAAGACAAAAGUUGUGAGAAGUUGUGAAAAGUUUUGAGGGUGGGGGUGAUCCCUGGUGCCCACGGGACUGGAGGAGGGGGAGAAUGGUUGGGGUGAGGAGAGUGGACUGUUAAACUCAUGGAAAAGGCUCGCAUUCCGCGUUCGGCUGCGCUGGACACGCCGGACGCCGUUCAGAACAGAAAGAGUUUCUCCGUCAGUCAUCUGCUCGACCUGGAGGAGGCAGCCGACAUGAACGGUGAGAUGGAGCCGGCCAGAGGAGCGAGAGAGGCCAGCAGGAGAGGGAAGGAUCAGGCCGGUCUCGGCGACAGCGAAGGAGGGGAGACUGCUCGGCAGGAUGUGGUGAGACGCAUCCUAAACGCAGAUCUCCAGAAAGAGCGGAAGAAACAGAGGAGGAACCGGACCACGUUUAACAGCUCACAGCUACAGGCGCUUGAGAGAGUGUUUGAGAGGACGCAUUACCCUGACGCAUUUGUCCGGGAGGAGCUGGCCAGAAGAGUGAAUCUGAGUGAGGCGAGAGUGCAGGUCUGGUUCCAGAAUCGGAGAGCCAAGUUUCGAAGGAACGAGCGAGCCUCCUUGGCCAGCAGGACAGUCUCCCUCCUCAAAUCGUACGGCACAGAAGCAGCUGUCGAGCAGCCUGUGGCCCCCCGGCAAGUCUCCCUCAGCGCCGAGUUCCUCUCAUGGUCAGCAAACCCAUCCUACAGCCCAGUGUCAUCUUACAAUUCGAACACGUCGAGCACCAGCAGCCCCGGUGUGUCGAUGGUGAACAGCAUUGCCAACCUGCGGAUGAAGGCCAAGGAAUUCAGCCUCCAGCGCAGUCACGUGACUCCCAUCAACUGAUCCCAGGCUGGCCCGGGAUGGAGCCGAGUGGCUCAGGACAUGGUGCUGCGGGUACAGCCAGCGUGCUCAGGGUGCGCCCUCAUCCGCGAUAACACAUUCGGUACAUUCUGGGACAACCUGCCUGGGCACGUGCGCCCAGGCCAGCCUUGCUCGGGCCGCCGUAACCCAGGCCCACGUGACCCGGGAUAAGCUGCCUGGGACGUGCUUACACCAGACAACUGCUGCCCGGGGUAACGUCAGACUCUAGCCUGGGACAAUGAGCUGAAGAGUGGCCUGCUGACCCCAGCUGAUGUGGUGGAGAUGCACUGUGGCCCAAGGCAACGCGCUCGGGACAAUAUGUUGGAGCCCCAGAGCAAGACUUGUACCUAGAGACCCUUGCUACACCUUCACGGACUGGUACGUGUAGCGACGUCUCCUUGGACGCCCUGUGCUGGUCGAGAUGACCGGUGGUGAGCACCGUGUCACGAAACGAUUGCAGAUGUCACUUUGAACGCUUCCCGGUAUGGUUGACUAGCUUCUUUGGGCUGCCGAGCCGUCAUUCCAUACCCUCUCUUUCCCCAUUCCUCCCUCACUUUGCAUCCCGGGAAAUAAGCCGCACUCUUAGCCACACGGGGUGACACUCACGCACAGUUCCAGCAGGGCUUCUCACCCUGGGGUCCGCAGACACCUGGGUUAGCGGCAGGGGUCCGCGGUUUUAAGCAGGUUGGGAACCCCCGGUCUAGAGGCAGUAAGUGGGAAAUGGUGCGAGUUUCACUUGCAUGCCUUCUCACCGGGGUUGGGCUCCUCAGGCACCAGUUGUCGUUGGGUGCUGGUGCCUGCAGUUCCUCCCGCUUCUCGUCAGCCCAAGGAGAGCGCGAUGGCUCAGCUGGUAGAGGUGAGCCCCAGGGACACAGGGCAUGGAGCAAUAUCGCCCACAACGUCUGUGCCCAACACAGCGCCAAGAUAAGCUAAAUCUCUCUGCCUGCCCGUGAUCCCUCCAGUCCCUGCAGAGUCCCAAGUUUAUCUAAAAGCCUGUCAAAUGUCACAAUCAUAUCUGCAUCCACCACUGCCCUGGACAGCCCAUUCCAGUUGCCUCUAUGUACUUACUCCUCCCACCACACACACACUUCCAACCCCCACCUUCAAUGCAAGUCCUCCAGUACUUGACAUUUCUACCCUGGGGGAAAGAUCGUCACCUGCUGCUGGUGUCUGUGCUGGGGUUAGCAGCACAUUCUCCCUUUAAUCGCGUGAGUACUCCCAUGCCCCCAAAACCCUGUGGAUCAGUAGUUACUGUAAAUUGCCCCCGGUGUGUGUGGGAGUAAUACAGCCUGGGGAGGAUCAAGAGCCCACGUGAUGACAGUCAAACGUGUUUAAAGUGUAACUAAGGGAAAUGGAUGCUUGAUGGCUGGUAUGGAUUUGAUGGGCCGAAGAGCCUGAUUCUUAGUUGUAUAACUCUACUAUGGUGAGAAUCGAGAGAGAGAGGAUGACAACAGCCCCCUGUCAGAAACUUUUAUCCUGUCUGAUACUCAGGCCAAUUAUGUUAUAUCUGUGAUCUUUGGAUAUGGACUCAGUUGCCAGAGAAAACAUUAUAAAGUUUAUUAAAAUUUCUGAUAACUUUCUUUCUGAUCUGUAGCCAUGUGAA